GUGAUGCUCAAAGCUCCCUCAUUAGACAACAGACACGAGAGGUCAGGAAGAAAGCGCUUAUAAAUCACCGGCGCCCCCCGCCCGGCGCUGCUAGUCGCGCCGCACCGUUCCGCCGCACGGCCGCAGGGGCGCAGCGGCGCGCAGGCUCCGCGCCCAGCGGACCGCAGGAAGAGAAUAUCCACUCAGGAGAGACUCUUCUUCAUUGCCUCAUCCUAUGGAGGAAUCACCACUGCCCAUCUACAUUGAGGAGGGGACAGAAGUCCCGAUUGAUAAGCAGUCUCUCAGAUAACCCAUAAAGAAAGAGACUAACAGAUCAGUAAGCUUGUCUGUGGUGAUCUCUUUGGACUGUAGAAGGCUGUGACUGCAUCAUUUCCCAGAGCCACUUAUUCAGCCUGUUCUUGGAUGCAUUCAAAAGCAGAAAUAUGGCAACAAAGGAAAAGCUUCAGUGUUUGAAAGAUUUCCACAAGGACAUCCUCAAACCAUCCCCUGGCAAGAGCCCGGGGACACGGCCUGAGGACGAGGCAGAAGGAAAGCCGCCCCAGCGGGAGAAGUGGGCGAGCAAGAUUGACUUUCUGCUGUCCGUGGCUGGUGGAUUUAUUGGUUUAGGCAAUGUCUGGCGGUUCCCGUAUCUCUGCUACAAAAAUGGCGGAGGUGCAUUUCUUAUACCUUAUUUCAUUUUCCUGUUUGGGGGAGGUCUUCCUGUGUUUUUCCUGGAGGUGGUGCUAGGACAGUAUACCUCUGAAGGUGGAAUUACAUGCUGGGAAAAGAUCUGCCCUAUUUUCACUGGAAUUGGUUAUGCUUCCAUAGUGAUUGUGUCCCUUCUGAACGUGUACUACAUUGUGAUCCUGGCCUGGGGACUCUACUACCUGUUCCAGUCAUUCCAGAGUGUCCUGCCGUGGGCACACUGCCACCAGAAGUGGAACACGCCAACCUGCGUGGAAGACACUCUCAGGAAGAACAAAACACUCUGGAUAUCACUGAAUGCCACUAACUUCACCUCUCCUGUCACGGAGUUCUGGGAGCGCAAUGUACUGAGCUUGUCCUCGGGAAUUGAAGAUAUUGGUAUUAUCAAGUGGGAUCUAGCACUGUGUCUCCUCCUCGUCUGGGUGAUAUGCUUCUUCUGCAUUUGGAAAGGAGUCAAAUCCACUGGGAAAGUAGUGUACAUCACUGCCACGUUCCCAUUUGUCAUGCUCCUUGUUCUGCUUAUCCGUGGUGUGACCCUGCCUGGAGCUGCAGAAGGCAUCAAGUUUUAUCUUUAUCCUGAUAUCUCACGGUUAGCUGACCCACAGGUCUGGAUAGAUGCAGGGACACAAAUCUUCUUCUCAUAUGCAAUCUGCUUAGGAGCAAUGACUUCCCUGGGGAGCUACAACAAGUACAAAUACAACUGCUAUAGGGACUGUUUGCUGCUGGGAUGCCUGAACAGUGGUACCAGUUUUGUGUCUGGCUUCGCAAUUUUUUCCGUCCUGGGCUUCAUGGCACAAGAGCAAGGGGUGAACAUUGCUGAUGUGGCAGAGUCAGGUCCAGGCCUGGCCUUCAUUGCUUACCCCAAAGCUGUGUCCAUGAUGCCGCUGCCCACCUUUUGGGCAAUCCUUUUUUUUAUUAUGCUUCUGUUGCUUGGACUGGAUAGCCAGUUUGUUGAAGUUGAAGGACAGAUCACGUCAUUAGUUGAUCUGCACCCAUCCUUCCUAAGGAAGGGUUACCGACGGGAAAUCUUCAUCGCUAUAGUAUGUUUCCUUAGCUAUCUUCUGGGACUAACUAUGGUGACUGAGGGUGGCAUGUAUGUUUUUCAACUCUUUGACUACUAUGCAGCUAGUGGUGUAUGCCUUUUGUGGGUUGCAUUCUUUGAAUGUAUUGCUGUAGCCUGGGUUUAUGGCGCUGAUAAUAUUUAUGAUGCCAUUGAGGAUAUGAUUGGAUACAGACCUGGUCCCUGGAUGAAGUGGAGCUGGAUUGUGAUCACACCAGUUCUUUGUGUGGGGUGCUUUGUCUUUUCUUUGGCCAAGUACAAGCCACUGACCUACAACAAGGUCUACACAUACCCUGACUGGGCAAUCGGCCUGGGCUGGGUUCUUGCCCUUUCCUCCAUGAUCUGCAUCCCUAUGGUGAUGGUCAUCCGCAUCAUACAGUCAGAUGGGUCGCUCAUUGAGAGGAUAAAAGCAGUGGCUGCCCCCAAGGAAGUGAAUCGGUGGUCCAAAGAAACAGAGAGUGGCACCCCCUUCUGCCCCAACGGAACUUCGAAUGGCGGAUUGAUCAAGCCAACUCAUAUCAUUGUGGAAACCAUGAUGUGAGCUCUCUCUGUGAGAGGAUAAACCUGCUUUAACUGCCGUUUACUAACCAUAGAUUCUCAUAGGACCAGGUUUACAGAGCUUUAUAUUUGCACUAGGAUUUAUUUUUAUUUCUCACAGAGAAAGUUAUUUUUUGUGUGUGUUUUUUUUUUUUUUUUAAUAUUUUGUAAGGUAAUCACAGCAGAUGUCUCUCUGUAGAGGGAGAGCUUUCAUAUCAGACUAGACAUAUUACAGGAAUUUACUAUUAUUGUUUUUUUAAAUAUAUCUUUAAAUAUAUCUUUAUCUCUAAAUAUUAUACAUCUUACCACUUGAAUUGAUUGUCUUGCCAGCAAUAUAUUCAAGUCUCAGAGAGCAAUUUUAGGUGCUGGUAUGGUUGGGAGCAGGGUAACCUACAGAACACACAAAAGGCGCUCUGUUGAGAGAAGAAAAAAAAAAGACACUGUUUCAUGAGAAUUUUCAAAGGUGUAGUAUUUCCACCCUCUGGUUCAAUUGUGGUAAACGACAGACUUCAGGGUCACAUGAGUACAGUUAUGUUUAGCACAGUCCCUGAACAAAGAUACGGCCAGGCAGCUGGAGCAGAGAGUUUGAGAGGGAGGCAGAGAAGCUGGGUGUGAAAAGCCUUGCAGCCGUUCCUCUAAGCACGGCGCUGGGACCCCGUCACACAAGCAAGAGGAGGACUUGAGGAAGGUGUUUGCAGGACUUGUCAUGGUUCACUUCUUUUUUAGUGUUUUUUUUUUUUUUUUUUUUUUUGGAAACUUAGGUGAAAUGCCUGCUGUUUGUGCAUGAGCGAGCAGGUUGAAUACUUGCUCCUUUUUUUUUCCAGCCAAGCAGAUUUUAGCUGAGGUGUCGCUGGUGUAAACUUGAAUUCUGCAGCCUGCCCCUGAGCAGCACAGGCGAGUGUCGAGGCACUGAGCAGAGAAAAGCAGCACCUGUGGUUUUGGUGCUUCAGACGUUUGCUUGCUCAUUUGUUUGCGUGUUAAACUAUUGGACUUUGGUUCGAGGCAGAAAAAUAAAAUAAAAAAAAUCCCUUGUGGACUCUGACUGUCCAAAGGUGGACGCAAACCAGGUCAUCCCCAACACAAGGAACAAAACCGCUCACCUACACCUGGUGUAAGCAGUAUUUAUAACAGACAUGUUGUUAAUAAUAAUAGCAAUGAAGAUAAUAAUAUCGCUCAGCUAACAGGUGCUUCUCAUCCACAUAUCUCAAAAAUGCUUUGCCAAGUUUGGUAACCAGAAUUCACUUUAUUUAUUUAUUUUGGGGAGUUGGUUACUGGUGGGUGAACAGACAGAAGGACUGAGUCCCUUGUCACAUUACUAAAAAGCAGCAGUGGACCUCGGUUACCCAGUCUCCUUGCCCAUCAUUAGGUUAGACCAUGAGGCCUAUGAAUCUGUCUGCUGAAUAAUCUGCUUAUAGGAUAUUGAGUUAAAGCGAAGGACACAUGUAAUACUGAAAUGUUUUGUAUUUAUUUGGUCUGAAGGAACUGCGUACCAUUCCAGGUUAGAGUAGGGAAUAAAGAGAAACCACUACAAGGAGCGUGGGAAACGGGCUGCAGCAGGGUUGCUGGGUACAGCUUCACGUGGGCCAGGUGGAUGCUUCCAUGGGGAAUUGCUCCAUGAAGACUGGAGCAUUUUGUCCAAAAUACGGACAAAUUUUUUUUGUUCUUUUUUAAACUUGAGCAGGUUGUGCUGGGAACAGGUUCUCUGGCAAAAGAGUUCUUUUCUUAUUAUGAUGCCACAACUAGGCUAUCUGAAGGUAUCUAGAGGAAAUGCUUGAUGAAGCAGAGCUUGUACAUAAUUAUUAUGCUGUCAGCUUAGUCUGUCAGGGCAGAUUUUGGCAUUUAAACAGGAACAUAUCCAGUUCUUAACAUUCCUACACAGUAGUUUUGUUUAAUUUUUUCAUGUCCCAUGGACUAACUGGCCACAGCAGCACAAACACUUGUUGAUUAACUCGUUGGCAUUACUAUAAAAACAGUGAUUGAAAAUUAAGAGAUGGACCAAAAGCAAAAAAAAAAAAUGUAUAUAUAAAAAAAUCUUUCUAGUUUGAAUUUGUAUAUAUUUUUACAUCACAUGGCUGAGUUGCAGCAACAAAGCCAGUCAUGUCAUGGUUUUUUGUUUUCCUUUUCUGGUUGCUGUAUUAUGAGAGUUAUAAAUGAACCUUUUCCACAGCUGGAGAUGGCAGACAUCUAAUUUCACCUGCUGGGCCAGUGGCAGUUGCCAGCCUAAGGCCCCAAGAAUAUCCCUGGAGGAAUUCUGUGAGCCAGGGGGAUUCUGUCUGGAAUUUGCCAUCAAAUGUGCAAAAAGUAAAUUUGCAUACAGCUGAUUGUUUUUUUUUAAGCCUUCAGCAAUCAGAGGCACGGAGAUGGAAUCAAAGAUAACUCUCUUACUGGGUUUCAACUUGGACCCUUAUUUCUGAGUUACAGUUAGUGUCUGCAACGAACAGGCAUUGUUGCCUGGGUUAAGAUGGGAGCAGCAGGUUGGGGGAGGGGGGGGCUAAAUUAAUGGUUGCUGUGAGUGCAGAUGAAACACUGAUGCUUAAUUUAUAUAUUAUUUUCUUGAUAUGUUGUCAUACGACUGUAUUUGAGAUUUGUUUGCACAUCAGUUUCAUAACAUAGAGCUGAGACAAGCUUUAGUUAGGAAAAAAAAAAAUGGUUUGGCUACAUCAGAAAUGUGUGUGGUGAGUCAGCUGGGUGUUUAGCCAUCUCCCGCCUUGUGGAGAGCAUCUUUGCGUUAAAAACCAGAGGGCUAAUACUACACCUUUAAAAGUACAACUACCAGAGAACCAGAACCCAGCCCCAUUUCGAUACAAACUGUGCCAUUCAAAUCAGUCGCUUCCAUGUACCAAGUGAAAAUGUCUUGCACGUACGCAACAACCUCAUCGAAGCGUUCUUGAUGUAAACUUCUCUGGCCCUGCUGUGCUCUGCAGCAUGACUGCAAGGGAGGGCUGGGGCUCACAAAGAGCCAAGAAAUGUUUCUGGAAAAUAGUUCCCUUCACCGCUUUUCUUCCCCCUCCAAAAAGAAUUAUUUUUGUUUUAUCUGGGGUUUGAGUUCCAAUGAGCACUCUUGCAUUUUAAAGUGUUUUUUCCUAACAUUUUUAUCAGAUUUCUGAACUUUUCUUGUUGAUAAAUUUGCAUUUCAACAUGAUCUUCUGCCAAAAUUAUUAAAAAAACAAUUUUUAAGAAAGUCUGUGUUUCCUACCUAUUUAUGAUUGCAAAUAUGACUGUUUUCUUUUUCCUAAUUUACUUGUUAAACAUUUGUGACUUAUUUUACCUGUUUUAUGUAAAUGAGGAACUCUAUAUUAAAAUAUCAUGACUAGUCAGAGAUGAGCUGGUUUGGAUCCAGGGAAAAGUUAGGGCAGUUUUUGGCAUGAGAUCUUUAGAACCAGAUAGCUGAGUUUGAGAUCACAGAAAAACAAAACAAAAGCACACCUUUUCCUAUUUCAUGCACCUUUGUAUUAAUCGGUUCUUCUGGGAUUGGAAACAGCAGAUUUUCAGCAGUAUUUAUUUCCAGCUGAGCUGAAAUCAAGAGAAGUUCAAAAGGCAAAGGGGAAGAUUAACCCCACCGGACUCUGGCCUGUUUCAUCUCUUUCUCAGUUUUCCAAACUUUGUCAGGUCACCUGUGACUAGUUAUGAUCUCACUGAAUGGGCAUCUAUUGUAAGGGACUUUACCAGUAGUCUGUAUUUUGGUAUUUAAACAGUAUGAUUUCAUAAAUAGAACUGGUUUUUAUGGGUGUUGUUAUUGUUCUCAUUUUCCUUUUCAUCUGUAGCUUUCCUUUUCAUCUGGUCCAAACAGACCCACACACUUCGCAAAGCCCUCUUUAAAGUGUGAGAUAGUAGGUCCACAAUGGAUUUGUUCUUGUGUUGUAAAAGGAAAUAUCAAAGCGUCGCAGCUGUAUUUACCAUCUAAAACAAUGCUGGUGUUCAGCCUUCAGCAGCAGCGUAGCUCAGGAGUGGAGGGAGGUAGGAAUGGUCUGCUGAAAUAGGUCCCGGAGCAGCAGGACUGAUUUUCACUGCUCUUCCUGGGGAGAGGAGGAAAGAGAAAAAGAAGGUGCAGCCUUAGGGUUGCUGUAACGCACACAAAAAAAAACACACAUCAGCAGAACCUUUUGUGCCACUGUCAGGAUCGCAAUUUCUGCAGCUAUUUUUACUCUACUGCGCAUCCUGCUUUCUCAACUGCAGAUAGUCCUGGUUCCUCUUCCCUGCCUCAGCGUUAGAACAGUUCAAGUAGAGCUGAAGACACCUGGACAUUUCCAUUCAUUAGGCCUUUUACAAGUCUCCUCCCAGGCUGCUUUCAUUUGCUAAGGAGACUCAGUUUUGGUGAGGUUGUGCUUGUCACACUUGGGUUCAAAGCUCCCACUUCGCAUCAAUGGCAAAACUCCAUUGGUGGGAGAACAAUUUGAAUGUUUUGAAUACCUGUUUAUUAGCUUCCACUUCUUGUGGUCACUGCAGGAUCACGCGUGGAGGCAUAGUGUAUAUAAAAUGUUAAAUAAGCUUUGUAUUGAAUGGAGUGGACAAGUUAACCAAGCAGCUCGAGUAUACUUGGAAGAAAGAUGACCCUGACAUCAUUUCCAGACGGUUCAAUGCAAGUUGCUCACUUUCAGUAAAAAGAAAAAUAAAUCUGUGCUUACGCAGACUAGUAGAUGAAAUCUUCCAUCCGUAUAAGCACGCACACAAGCGGGGACACUGCUUUCAUUCCUAAGCUGCAGACUGUGCAUGUAAAUCUUUCAGAGCUGUUGUGGCUAAGCACGGAGAAGGCUUAGGCACCACUUUCCUACAAAGAGCCGACCUGUCAGGGCACCCAAAUGGACUCCACUAAGUCAGGGUACAAAAUCCCAUGGCCCCUCUGAGAAAGCCUUGAGGGCUGGGCUCAAAAUCUCUCCUGGCACCUUGUUAGCACCGCAUGGCUCCGCCUGUAGGAGGUCUGGUGUGCUGUGGCCUCAGGCAGCUGCCUUGGACUUGUUUCCUCCAAAAUCGUCAUCCAAAGCUUUGUGGUUAGAAUUAACAUGUAGUUGUGUAUUUGUAUAUUUGCAUGAGCAAAGGUCAGGAACUGUCAGAACCUAGUAGCUCCUUUUAUUUCUUGUAAGCAAAGAUAAGCUUAAGAAAGAAAGUGUUCAGUCGACUGUGACCCCUGACACCUAAGAAACCAAUAACCUAGUGCAAAAGAAGCCCCUCUGCCCCCAAGCUCCAUACUAAGGUCACCAAAAAAAAUAAAUAAUAGUAAUAAUAAAAAAAAAUAUUGGUAUCAACAGUCAAUUUGAGCUUACUGGAAAAUUUGGUCAAGAAAGACUUCCAGCAUAAGCAGCACUAGCUCCAGCUGGAAAACUGCCAGUCCAAACCCCGUCCUUCCACCAGAGCAGGGCUCUUUUCUGCCACCACCGCUCCCCCACCAAAAAUACUCUGAAUUUGUUUCUAUUCAAAAGAUAAACAGAAAAAAUCAUUUUUGUAUGAUUUUUCCAAGUGCUAGUGUGAGCUGUUGAUUUCAGUUUACCCACAUCCAAAAAAAACAAGAAUUGAAAAAACUUCAGCCAUGAUUUGAGAAAGAAAAAAAGGCGAGAGGAAAGAAUUUUGCAGGUUGAAAACAUUAAGAAAACAAAUUAUUCCCCCAUCCCCAACAAAGGUGGGAAGAGUUUGCUUGCAGGACUUGCAACUGGAAAAGAGCCCGACCCUGCUGGGAGUGCUGGGCUAUUGAAUGACAGCCCAGACACGUCCUCCUUUGUAUUGCGGCUUUGUCCUAAUUUGAAAUAAACUGUAAAACUGUCAGGACGUAAUUGCUACACACUUUACGCAGUUCUGGGUUUUAGGAGCAAGGCAAAUUAAAAACAGUGUAAAAAGGGGCGAUUUUCUGGAGGCUUCCUCCCUGUACGUCAGCUCUGUGCUGCACAGCGGGAUGGUGCCGCCUGCUUUCCCAUGUGCAGCAUGGGGAGAACAUUGGCAGCCUUAUGCUAAGGAGCUCUCAGUGGCCUGAGUUGAGAAAUUAGAAGAAAAAGCAGGGGAAAAUAUGUAUAAAAAGUGAAACUUGGUUGUGCUAAGGAGCUGUGCAUGUGUGCUUUUGUGUGCGUGCAUAUACAGGGGAAGGCUUCGGGCCUGUAGCAUAGUACGUGUUAGCAUGAUACAUGUUGGUUCUAAACCUCUUGCAUCUGCUUCUGCAGUUGAGAUGUUAAAAAGGUUUUAUUUCUUUUUUCAAUAUUUAAAGAAAAAAAAAA